AUGUCUGCGCCUCAUUACGAUGAGCCCAGAUCCUCUCAUACACUCGAGCAAGGGCUCCCAACUAACUCGCACGCGAAUUCUCCUCGUAUGCGAAUUUCUCCAGCUAUUCUAAGAGCUCCUAAACAACUAUCCACGCCACUGAGAAUGUCUUCGACCAAGGUCCUUACCGUGGAUAACAUUAAUCCACAAGUGGUCACUAUGCAAUAUGCGGUUCGUGGACCAAUAGUCAUCAGAGCCGUUGAGCUAGAAAAAGAGCUUGCCAGGGGUGCCAACAAACCUUUUAAAAGUGUGAUCAAAGCAAAUAUUGGAGAUGCUCACGCUAUGGGACAACAUCCCAUCACAUUUGUCAGACAGGUACUCUCCUGUGUGACAAAUCCCUCACUGAUGGAGACGGGAAAGUUUCCAAAAGACGUGAUUGAACAUUCAAAGGCUGUCCUUAGUGAAUGCGGAGGUCACAGCACUGGCGCCUAUAGUCAAAGCACUGGAGUCGAGAUAAUCCGAAGGCAUAUUGCUGAAUAUAUAACGAAACGAGAUGGAAUUCCAUCAGAUCCAGAAAAUGUGGCCAUUUCUGGCGGUGCAUCCGAAUCGAUUAGAAACGUCUUGAAGAUGUUUGUCACCCAUGGCGGCGGGAAAAAAGUUGGAGUAAUGGUUCCCAUACCCCAGUAUCCGCUUUACUCAGCUAGCAUUGAAGAAUAUGCUCUUGGGCAGGUUGGAUAUUACCUUAUAGAAGAGAAAAAUUGGGGCCUUGACGUGAACGAAUUGGAGCGAGCAUAUCAAGAAAGCCUCGAGAAUUAUGAUACGAAAGUGAUGGUUGUGAUAAACCCAGGAAAUCCGACUGGCCAGGUACUCUCUAGGGAAAACAUGGAGGAGAUCGUAAAGUUUGCGCAUAAGCAUAAACUUUUCCUGAUGGCAGAUGAGGUUUACCAGGACAAUGUCUAUGCCGAUAACUCUGAAUUUCACUCGUUCAAGAAGGUUAUCAACGAAAUGGGGGCACCAUACAACAAGAUGGAGCUUGCAUCAUUUCACUCAGUUUCGAAGGGAUAUAUGGGAGAGUGUGGAAUGCGUGGAGGAUAUGUUGAGCUUUCCAAUCUCGAUCCCGACAUUUACGUGCUUUACAAAAAGAUGAUUUCUGCCAAACUAUGUUCGACCGUUUUGGGUCAGAUCGUAAUGGAUUGCAUGGUAUGUCCCCCAAAGCCCGGUGAUCCAUCUCAUGACCAGUGGUUGAAGGAAAAAACAGCAGUCUUAGCUUCACUCAAAGAGAGAGCAAGACUUGUCCAAAAAGCGUACGGAAGUAUCGAGGGAAUACUUUGCAAUGAAGUUCAAGGAGCGAUGUAUGCCUUCCCACAAAUUUUAAUGCCCCCAAGAGCUGUCGAAAAAGCUAGAUCUUUGAACCAAGAGCCGGACUUCUUUUACGCUAUGCAGUUGUUAGAAUCUACUGGUGUCUGUAUCGUGCCCGGAAGUGGCUUCGGACAAAAAGAAGGCACUUAUCACUUUAGGACAACGAUACUUCCACAAAAAGAAGUGAUGAAAGAUAUGCUGGCCCGGUUCACUUCAUUCCAUCAGAAAUUCUUAGAAGAAUACAAAUAGAUUGGUGCUGCUUUUAUAACGUUCUGGCUUAUUCACUUGUACGGGUUUUGAUGUUGUGGCAGGAUAAAUCCUGCUCAAGAUGAUCGAUUACCUCUUUAGGUGACAGUUUCUAGUUAUAAAAAUGUUAUCUAAUUGAUACUACCUCUGCUAUUGUUGGA